CUUUCUUGAUUAAAAAUCUCAAGUUUCUUUUAUCAUUUACACAUUUACUAAUGGAUCCAACAAUUAUUUAAUAACCAAGUCAGGAAUGUGAGACACAGAGAGAACUUGCAAAGGAGAGAAGAAAGACAAGUCGCUCCUCAUCUCCUCUCUCUCUCCCCCUCCUUUCAUGGCUAUUGGGUUUUGGCUAUAUCACAGCCACCAUUACCAACAUCUAUGAAAUCCAAAACCCUAAUAAACAGUAGUAAUUCUUUAGUUUUAUAUUGUAAGUUACAUUUUCCCAAAAUCUGCAGCUUCCUUUGACUAAGCAUUUAAGAACAAGAGACAUAGCUUCCCCUGUCUUAAGAGUUCCUUUUACUCAUCAACUAUGCCUCCUAUGAUUAGCAUUUUCUUAUUCUGCUUCAUUACUUCCUUUCCCCCUCUAAUUAGUGCUACACUCAAUCUUACCCAACCCUUCCCUGAAUCUGUGGUUCAAGAUGUACAGAGGAGGGUAAAUGAGUCUAUUGUGAGAAGACAAAUAGUUGAAACAACUGUUAGAGACAGUAGUAAUAAAUGUCUAACCGGAAAUCCAAUAGACGAUUGCUGGCAAUGCGACUCAAACUGGGCGAAAAACCGACAGAGGUUAGCCGACUGCGGCAUUGGGUUCGGUCUAGGUGCAAUGGGUGGAAAAAACGGUCAGAUCUACGUAGUCACCGACUCCUCCGACAGAGACACCGUUAACCCUACUCCGGGCUCUCUCCGGCACGCCGUCGUUCAAGAGGAACCUCUCUGGAUCGUGUUCGCCGCCGACAUGGUUAUUAAGCUAAAACACGAGCUUAUUGUGAACAGUUACAAAACUAUCGACGGCCGCGGCGCGAAUGUUCACAUUACCGGCGGCGGAUGCAUAACGUUACAGUACGUGAGCAAUGUGAUUAUACACAAUGUUCAUAUUUACAAUUGUGUCCCUUCGGGUAAUACUAAUAUACGGUCGAGUCCAACGCAUGUUGGGUAUAGAGGCAAAUCUGACGGUGAUGGUAUAUCCAUCUUUGGAUCUCGAAAUAUCUGGGUUGAUCAUUGUGCAUUGUCUCAUUGUACCGAUGGCUUGAUUGAUGCUAUCAUGGGGUCCACUGCUAUUACUAUUUCGAAUAGCUAUUUUAGCCAUCAUGAUGAUGUUAUGCUCUUGGGACAUGAUGAUAAAUACUUGCCAGAUUCAGGAAUGCAGGUGACGAUAGCGUUUAAUCAUUUUGGAGAAGGGUUAGUGCAAAGAAUGCCAAGGAUUAGAAGAGGAUAUGUACAUGUGGUGAACAACGAUUUCACAGAAUGGCAAAUGUAUGCAAUCGGUGGUAGUGCAAGUCCUACUAUUAAUAGUCAGGGCAAUCGCUAUACUGCUCCUGAUGACCCUAAUUUGAAGGAGGUAAAAUUUUCUUCUUCUUUCUUUAUCUUUUAUUUUGGAUUAAUUUUUCUAUCUUCUUAAAAGCUUCGCUU